CUGGGAGUGGGUGGGCCAUUUCUUGCUCUCUUUCCCCACCGGGUUCUCAAGGUUUUCGUCCGGAGGCAUGCGAAAGCCGGAAGAAGCAGUUCAGUAAGGCAGCUGUCAAGAGCCUUCAGAACAGAGAGAGGAGGAAGGCCGAGCCCGUGGCACACUUGGGAGAGUGCAGUGCUGGGAGCGCGGCGACGCUCCCGCCGCGGGUUCGGAUCCUAUAUGGGAAUGGCCGGUGCACUCACUGGCUGAGUACCGGUCACGAAAAAGACAAAAAAAAAAAAAAAAAAGAACAGAGAGAGGAGAUCGGAAGCAACUAGGCCCAACGGGCUCCUCAGGCCGCUCUAGCCAAAGGAACCAUAAAGAUCAGAUUAGGGCUUCUGCGCUUCCUCCUUUCUGUUGUUCCUCCUUCAGCUUCCGGUUCCGGGGAGGGGCCUAGUUUCCUUCGACGAUAGGAGCUCCGAGAUCCAGCUAGGAUGGCUAUGGUACAGCUACUGUUGUUCGCGGGUUUGUGGAACGCUGUGGGAGCGUCCAGUCUGGCUGUCGUUACCUGCGGGUCUGUGGUGAAGCUACUCAAUACGCGCCACAACGUUCGACUGCACUCACACGACGUGCGCUAUGGGUCAGGUAGUGGCCAGCAGUCAGUAACAGGUGUAACCUCUGUGGAUGACAGCAACAGUUACUGGAGGAUACGGGGGAAGACUGCUACAGUAUGUGAGAGGGGAACCCCCAUCAAAUGUGGUCAGCCCAUCCGGCUGACACAUGUCAACACUGGGAGAAACCUCCAUAGUCACCACUUCACCUCACCUCUUUCUGGAAACCAGGAAGUUAGUGCUUUUGGUGAGGAAGGUGAAGGUGAUUAUCUGGAUGACUGGACAGUGCUCUGUAACGGGCCCUACUGGGUGAGAGACGGUGAGGUCCGGUUCAGACAUUCUUCUACAGAGGUGCUGCUAUCUGUCACAGGUGAACAAUAUGGUCGACCCAUCAGUGGACAAAAAGAAGUGCAUGGGAUGGCCCAGCCAAGUCAGAACAACUAUUGGAAAGCCAUGGAAGGCAUUUUCAUGAAGCCCAGUGAAUUGUUGAAGGCAGAAGCCCACCAUGCGGAGCUAUGAGUCUGGAGGCUCUGAGCCACUGUUACCACAGUAUUCAUAGACACAUCUGCAGCUGUUUCACCCUGGAUCCAUGCCAAAAGUUCCCUGGGCAGUGGCCAUGUCACCACAGAGAUGGAGACGCACGACAGAAAACUGUGUUUGAAAGCUUCAGCCCUUCACACUUGAAUUCAUUGCUCUGCUAGACUUGGUUUGGUUCUUUCUUUGUAGAGGACUUGCUGGUGAAGGGGCAGAUACUUUUUAUUCAUACUGAUAAAACAAACUGAGGGGAACAUCCCUCUUAGCUGGGAAAUUUUUACUCCUCAGGAGCUUGGCAUCAUGGAUUUUUAAUGUGUGUGAUGUCUCCACUAUUUUUCUUCCUCCAAAAUGAUAAAAAAUAAUUUUAUUAUUAGUCACUGUGUUGUAAUGUAUUAAGUGUGCUAUUUCAUGAUGUGCUUGAUCCUUGAGUCCUAAGAUUUUUUCAAGAUGCUGGGAAGCUUCAGCUUGGAUCCUUGUAAGAGUUUUACUUGCAUCCAAACCUUUUCUUUCUCUAGUUUCACUUCUCCAUAGGCACCUCAUCUUUACUAGAUUUUUGACUAAUUAUGGCUAAAGACCCUCAAAGAAUACAGCAUAAUAAAUAGCCAAUGAAA